AUGAUCUCGGAAGGGGAAAACCUGACUCAGGUCUCCGAAUUCCUCCUCAUGGGUCUGUCCAGUGAUCCCAGGGAACAGCAAGUGCUCUUCAUUUUCUUCCUGAGCACAUACCUGGUCACGGUACUGGGGAACCUGCUCAUUGUCCUGGCCAUCAUCACCGACACCCGGCUCCACACCCCCAUGUACUUCUUCCUGGCCAACCUGGCUUUCGUGGACAUCUGCUUCACCACCACCACCGUCCCCAAGAUGCUGGUGAACCAUGUCACAGGGCGCAAGGGGAUUCCUUACGCUUGCUGCCUGACCCAGACCUUUUUCUUUAUUCUGUUUGCAAGUCUCGACUGUUACCUGUUGCUGGUCAUGGCCUAUGACCGCUACGAGGCCAUCUGCCACCCCCUGCACUACACCACGUCUGUGACUCCACAACUCUGCAGCCUCCUGGUGGGGGCAUCCUGGGCUGCAUCCUUCGGGAAUUCACUGGUACACGUCAUACUAUUGAACCGCCUUUCCUUCUGCACCCACAACCAGCUGCGAAACUUCUUCUGUGAGCUCAGCACUCUUUUGAAUAUCGCCUGCUCUGACACCUUCCUCAACAAUGUCGUGGUGAACUCCGAGGGGACUUUGACAGUUGUAUUUCCCUUCUUGGGCAUCUUAGUCUCAUAUGUGCUCAUCUUCGCAGCCGUACUGAGGAUCCCAUCACGAACAGGCAAGCAGAAGGCUUUCUCCACCUGUGGCUCCCACCUCUCUGUGGUGUCCCUGUUCUACGGAACCCUCAUAGGAGUAUAUUUCAGCCCUACAUCAUCUUAUACAGCCAAGGACACGGUGGCCGCGGUUAUGUACACUGUGGUGACCCCCAUGAUGAAUCCCUUCAUCUACAGCCUCCGGAACAAGGACAUGAAGGGAGCAUUCAGGGCACUGAUCACUAGAAGUGAAUUGCAUUGCGUCAAUGAGUACAAAGGAUUUUCCUUAGCCCGGUGCUUCUCCAAGACCUACUUCACUAACCUUUUGAGAAUCUCAACUGUCACCUAUCGCUGGUCAUUGCCUAUGACCACUACGAAGUCAUCUGCACUACCUAUUCUCUGCCACAUCAGUGACACCACAGCUUUGCAGCCUCCUGACCAGUUCCCCAAUUUCUUCUGCAAAAUCAGCCUGAUGCUGCACCUGUCCUGCUCUGACACUUGCCUCAGCAACAUGGCAUUGAAUUCCAUGACUGCCUUGACAGUCAUACUCCCCUUCAUGAGCAACCUGUUCUCCUACAUCUUCACAGCCAUGCUGAGUAUCCCAUCGCAGACAGGCAAACAGAAGGAUUCCUCCACCUGCGGCGCUCACUUCUCUAUGGUGACCCUGAAAUACACCCUCAUCGGGGUGUAUUUCAACCCUACAUCCUCCCACAUGGCCAAAACAGACACAGUGGCCGCCAUGAUGUAA